AUGAGCGUUGGCGGGUCCUGGAGUGCCUGUCAAGGGCGCUAGCGCAUAACUGUCCCCACCUAUUUUUGCCUAGCUUUACUGCUUCACAGGCAGAUGAUGAUUUCAUUAUUUAUGUUUAUAUCAAUGAUAUUUGUUUUCUUUGAGCAAUGCCAUACUUAGUGAUGGAAAAAGUUUCUGUUCUGCAGAAAGGUACCAUAUUACAGUUUAGUAUGUCUUAUUCUUUCUCUUUUCAUGUAAUUUUUCCAGGAUGAGAUGGAAGAGCUUGAGGGAACAGAUAAUGUAUCAACAUUGUGUGAGGAGUUGCUGCUUAGCAUGGAGACCAGACCUGAUCCCCUACUCCCCCUAACAAAUGGUCCUAUAAACCCAUCAUGGGAUAGAUGGUUUGAAGGGCCUCAAGACUCACAAGGUUGCAGAUGCCAGAUUCUCUGAUUUGAGGCGAUCUAACAUUGGUUGCCAAGAUUUGUUACAUAACAGACAUGUUAACAUGUUACAGCUCAAUUGUUAUCUUAACAAAUAUUCAAUUGACUCUUUCCACAGUGUGCAAUACCAAAUUUUUUGGAUGGCUGGAAUUGAAUGUACAAUUUACUUUUUA